AUGAUCGAGGAAUUCGAUUGGCUGCCGCCGGAGCCAAACAACACCAGUAUCGUCUUCCCCAAACAACCCUCGUCUCUCCCUGAGACAGCCAGGCUCAUAAGCACAGCCACCCACCCUCCUUUGAACACAUCAGUCCUUCCUUCCAACCACCCAUCAGAUACCCCGUCCUCAAUGGCGCUCCGACUCGCCGCCCUCCUGCUCUCCCUGGCCACCCUCACCAGCCAACUCCAACUCGGCCUGUCAACACAGCUCAACCCGCAACAGCGUCUCGCCAAGCGAAGCCAUCUCCAGAAACGCGGCGAAGGGACACACGGCGGAGGCUCAUUCGCCGGGCGUGCUUCCUGGUUUGACCCUGAACUGGGUGCUUGUGGCAAACAUAACGGACCCGCUGACUUCAUUGUUGCCCUCGACGCCGGCCAGUUCAACCAGGGAUGGUGUAAUAAGAAGAUCAAAAUCUCCUUCGGUGGCAAGAGCACUGUUGCGACUAUCGUCGAUGAAUGUCCUGGCUGUCCGAUGCACGGUCUUGACAUGUCCCCAUCCCUGUUUGAGUUUUUUGCCGCCAAGGAGGUCGGCAUCUUUUAUAUGAACUGGUCCGUUCUCGACGGCUCCUCGGAUUCAGACCCAGCGCCCAAACCAGAACCAUCACCCCCGUCGCCGCCGCCGCCACCACCCCCCAAGCCCCAAGACAACCCCCAACCAAAGGAUCAAGAACCACAUAAGAAUGAAAACCAACCACCCCCCAAAACGGAAAGUCAAUCUACACCUCCAAAAGAGGAUCCUACCAAGAAGAAUGAUCCACCCCCAGCCUACAAAACCGACAGUCCCCCUCAGUACACUACAUCUUCAAGUACAUCAAACCCCUUUACUGCCUUCCAGUCAAACUCGAACCUACCUGCCGGUACAGCAGGCGUCUCCCUCGUCUCCCGACCUAGCACCCCUGCCGCCACUCAAUCCUCAACUGCCCUCGGACUGAUCACCAAUCCGGCCUCACCCCGACCUAAUAGCCAGACUAAUCCAUACGCUCCCGGCGGAAAUCUUGAUGCGAUCAAUCAGCUUGUCAUCUCCCUGGGAUCCUUGGCCGCCGUCAGUGCUGGUAACGCUCUGAACAAUCCGAGUUAA